CUUCUGCCAAGUGUGUUCGGCUGUGCUCCACCCUCAUGAACUGUUCGGCGUGCGGAAAGCGGUACGAUCUGCGUGCGGCUCUGAGUCCUUCGGGUCGCCGCUCGGUCGCCCGCGAAUCGCGAAGCUCAUGGCGAGUAGUUCCAGUAGCGAGAGCUCAUCGAGUGGGGAGGAAGAGGUGGAAGAGGUGGAGAAGGCUGGAGAAAAGCUUGAGGAUGAGGUCCCAGAGGCGGGUUGACUGGCGGACGAGAAAGAAGCACGAGCAUGAGCAUGAAGGAAGCACGAAGAUCCUGCAUGCUUUCGACGAUCUCUAUAAAACAGCUCAAUGCUGCUAAAUGCACAGGGAAGGCACUGAGGAAGUUGGAGGAAUAUGAGGUAGAUAAGUGUAGUACUUAUAUAGGGGAUCCCAAUGGAUGUCUCCAGAGACGGCAAACCACGGUUUUUCGUUAAGAGUGGUAGCCACUUCGAUGGAGGCAAUACACAUUGAUACAGAUGGUGCCUCCGCUACAUGAUCCUGCCCCGUGUCCUUUUCGGUCUUUCUGGUCCAUCUUUCGGUCUUCCCGGUCCCGAGUUUUUGUCUUGUGGUUUGGUGCCAUCGAACCUCUGAAACCACUGUAGGCUGUGAAAAAGCCGGGAGAAUCUGCAAGGUAUGAACAGCUGAUCAGGCUCCAUAUCCUGAAAAAGCCAUGGUUUUACCAUUUCGGAAGCUCGCAGCUGUUUGGGCCUUUCCUGUGGCACCCCGCUGGCGAAGCUGUGAACACAUCCGAAGAUCCAGCAGAUUCUCUUGAAGGAAGAAAUCCGCGACCGCCAGUUUUCACCGGAUCUCCUCCCCAGACCCCAGGUCUUUUCGCUGAUUCUGCUGCCGCUGAUUCUGAGGCUCCGGCCGAAGAAAGCUCCGAUGCCAGGCGGUGGAGAUCACCAACGAACUGCCAGACUUCCCUGAAGACUUGGACGAAGACUUGGAGAAGCAGCCCAGCAAGACACAAAUCAUGCAGGCGCGGAAGGCGCAGAAGGAGGCCACGAGGGAUCUCACGCGCUCCUUCACCACGGGGCUCAUGCCAAUCUCUUUAAGUGCUCGCUCUUCCAGCGAAGACCCUGCGGAAGCUGAGGAGGAGGGACCGCUGGGGAUGGACAGUGCGCGGCAGGUGGACAGCCCGCGCAGCCCGCAGGAGGAGCAAGGUCCUCGUCGUUGCUGUGCUCCGCUCGGCGCGGUCCGCGCGCGCGGCGCCGCCUUGUGGUCCGGUGCCGCGGAGCGCUGCGAGCGGCGCUGCGGCUGCUGCCUGCGGGCGGCGCGGUGCUGCGGUGACCUGUGGGAGGCCUUUGAAGGACGAUGUCAGGCCUUGGCGACAGCGAUCCGCUGCUUUUGUUGCCCUUUGAUCCUCCUGCUGCGCAUCCUCAGCUGUGGCCUUUGUGGUUGUCGCGCGCGCCGCGUCAAGCGCAGUGGCAGCCUGAGACGUACCAGGACGAGGAAGACGGUGAAUCGAAGCACCAGUGUGGUCGGCCGCAGCACUUCGGCCGGGGCGGGGCGCCUCACGCGCAGCUCCACGUCUGCUGGGCGCCUGACACGAAGCUCCACUUGGGGGAGCAGCAAAUACUCGGAGGGGCCACGCGAGCAGCCGCGAAGCCGGCUGAAGGAGAUCAAGCCACGGGUGAAGGUGACACCGCCCGUCGGUGCCGCUGGUGCCGGCGGAAGCGCCGGAAAGGCCACGGCGCAGCGCUCGGGGAAGGAGGUCUCCAAAGCCACCAGCGCGCGGGAGGAGUUCAGACAGGUCCGGAAGACCACCUUGCAGAAGCUGCCCGAGAUCAUUGAGGAUGAAGAUGAGGAACUCGAGAUCUUGGAGGGCUGGGAGGCCUUGAUCUGGACCGAUUUCCUGCCCUGGAACUGGUCUCAGACCUACCAGGUUUGGAAGGAGUCGCGCGUGGAGAUGUGGCAGCACUUGGGCCCCGUGCUCGUGAAGAUGGAGGAGGGCGAUGAUCCAGAUGGGCUGUGCCCGACAUGGGUGAUGCGCAAGUGGCGGAUCUUCGUUUUGGCCUACUGGGAUCCGUUCUUAGAUCACCUCCCUGGCCCUGGACGCGUCCUCACCUGGCUGCUGUGGAGCUCCUUGAUCGUCCCGGUGGUUUUGUUCGGCGUCUCCAGCGUUCUGCUCACCGUGAGCGUUUUGCGGAACUUGGAGUACGUGGAGGGCCGCUGCCAGAUUGAGCAGCUCCCCGAGAGCUUCGAGACACAGCGCGGGGCGGUCACGCAAGUGAGAGGCACCUACCUCAUCCGGCGCUUCUAUCGCGCGUCGCCCGAACGCCUCGCGGGGCAUGUGGUCCAGAGCUGCCAGAUCCAAGUGCCCUGCGAUCACGUGGAUCUGAGCCGCACCGGGCGCAUGGAGGAUGACCGGUGUGACAGCUUCAAGAUCUGGGCCUGGAAAGACCCGAUUACCUGCUUCUACCACCAGUCUGACGAGUAUGGCACCUUGCAGCGCGAACUGCUCUGCCUGGCGCGGCCCAGCGACCUGCAAGAGGAGGUCUUUGGUGUGAUCCUCAGUGCUGGUGCAGUGCUCAUGUCGCUCCUCAUCGUGGCACUGGUGAAGCUGCGCCGAAGGCUGGAGAGAAGGGAGGCCCAGAAGCAUCUGCAGGAGUUUGCCGAGCAGGAGGAGAAGGAACGACAAGAGGCUGAUGCGAUCGCUCUGAAGCAGCGACCCGGUGGCCAAAGACCCGGGUCCCGGGACGAUGGGCCGGUCCGAGACGAUGGGCCGGUGAUGCGUCGGAGAGAUCGGGACUGGUUGGUGUUUCAAAGAUGUGUUGGGUGUUCAACCUGGGAAGAUGGACUUGUAUUGACUUCUUCCGCUGGUUGA